UGUGUGUGUGUGUGUGUAGUAUAAUUAGAUUUUGUAUAUCUAUUUUAUAAUCUAAUCAAUCUAAACCUCCGCUCAAGAUUUCCCGGCAAAUCAUUAGCAAGCGUGCUAACUAUAAACUCUCUCUCUCUCUCUCCGCCAUUGUUGGAACAUGAAACUCAAAAAAAUAUUGAAUUUGAAUGACUUGAUAAUAGUUAGCAGCAUUGGAUUUUUUGUUUUUAAACUUUUGAAUUUGUUCUAGUUUUGAAUUUGAAUUGUUGAGAUUUAAAAAAAAAUUGUUUCAGCUCCACCAUUGUUGGAGCUGAAACUCAAAAAAAACUCUCCAAUUCAUGCCCUGAAUUUGGUAAAUUUUGUUAUCAAUUAUGUGCAUGUGAGGUUUGUUAUUCUUCAAAUGCAAGAGAUGGAAGAGAAUCGAGGGACUUUUGAUGAUUGAAGAUUCAUGGUUUCGAGCCCCAAAGGUCUGGUUCAGAGCUUCGUCUCUGAAGAAAAACCUAAUAUCAUGUCUGAUGUAGCUCUGAAUGUGGAAAAAAUUGAUGAUCCACCUCCUUUGAAUUUGGUAAACAACAAUAAUGGCCGUAAAAGGGUUGAUGAGAAAGUUGUUGCGAGUGUUUCUGAUAAUAAUGUGUAUUGUUCUGUUGAGACUGUGGUGGUUGGGGUUCGGAAUGAUGUAGGAGGCAGCAUUGCUGAGCGAAGGGCUACGACAUGUGGAUUCAAUUCUCCGAGGAUUAACACGGUUGUACUUAGGUCUACAAGUCCUCCUCUGACUUCACCCGCUGCUCGAUCGUCAUACAUUACUAUACCGGCCGGUAUUAGCCCUACGGCAUUGCUCGACUCUCCCAUCAUGCUCUCCAAUUCUCAGGCAGAGCCAUCUCCCACUACUAGAACCUUUCAAUCACCCUUUCUCAAUCAUGGAAGUUUAAUGCUGGAUUCAACGACCCCUGAUGCAGAUACAGACCGGGGGAGUGAUGACGAUUCCUCUUUCAGGCUCCAGCCUCAUGGCAGUCCAGUUUCUUUGACAUGCACCUCAGGUUUAGAAAGUAAGUCAUGUCAUACUGGUACAGCUGGUGAGCAAAUGCCUCAGCACAGUGAACCUAUUCAUGGAGAUGAUGAAGGGGUACACCAUCUUCUGGAGGGAGACCAAAAAGGGACAUACCCAACAAUGGAAGCUGUAAAGACUUCCGAAGAUGGAUACAAUUGGAGAAAGUAUGGGCAGAAACAGGUUAAAGGUAGUGAAUAUCCUCGGAGCUACUACAAGUGCACAAAUCCAUAUUGCCAGGUGAAGAAAAAGGUAGAACGUUCCCAUGAUGGUCAGAUAACAGAAAUAAUCUAUAAGGGAGCUCAUUGUCACCCAAAGCCUCAGCCUAAUCGGCACUCAGCACUUGGAUAUUCAUUUUCGUACAAUGAGAUGAUGUCGGAAGAGACAGGUGAAGUCAAUGGAUCUUGUGUUAAAAUUGGUUCCGAGUGGAGGGCUGAUGGUUUCAAGAGGACGUCUUCAACAUCUGCCCUUACUGAGAUUUCCAAUCCGUUAAUGUCAACCGCUCAAGGAAAAUCUUUGGGUGUAUUAUUUGAAUCGGUGGGGACUCCAGAGCUUUCAUCUAUGCUUGCUAGUCACAAUGAUGACAAUGAAGAUGGGGCCACCCAUGGAAGUAUUUGCCGUGGUGAUGAUGCUGAUGACAAUGAACUUGAGUUGAAAAGAAGAAAGAAAGAUAGCUUCUUGACUGAAACAAAUUUAGCAUCACGGGUUGGUCGUGAACCAAGAGUGGUUGUCCAGAUAGAGAGUGAAGUGGAUAUACUUAAUGAUGGGUACCGCUGGCGGAAGUAUGGGCAAAAAGUUGUUAAAGGAAAUCCAAACCCUAGGAGCUACUACAAAUGCACCAAUCCUGGAUGCUCAGUGAGGAAACAUGUGGAAAGAGCCUGCCGAGAUUUAAAAUCUGUAAUUACAGCGUACGAGGGAAAACACAACCAUGAAGUCCCUGUUGCCAAAAACAGCGGUCAUGUGAACUCAGGCAGUGGAAUUUUAACUCCGACUGUAUCCAGUACUCUGCCCACCUUGACAUUUCCCAAAAAUGAUAAUUCCCCAAAGCCUGAAGCACAUGCUCAAGAUCAAAUUUGUUUUGCAAGAAAUCUUGAUCCGGGAAAUCAAUUUCUGAGGAGGCCGAGCUUACUCGGGAAUUUUGGGAGUGAUGUGAAAUUCGGAGUUUCUUCCAUGUACCAAAUGAAGUUCCCUUUCUUACAAAAUUCCAUGCCAUAUGGCUCUUUUGUACUGAAUCCUACCCACAGUGGCAUGCAGGCAGCGGGUUCUAUCGCUCCAGUUGUGCUGGAUUUCCCAAUGUCAUUACCUUUGACUAUCCGACAAUCUGCAAGAGUGGAACCAGGUGGCUUCAGUUGUAGUAAUAAUCAUGGAAAGUCAUUUGGCCCUGUUCAGUCUUGCCUUGGAGGACAGCAGCUUAGGGAAAGUAAUACAAGUGAUGGCAGUUGUCUUUAUGAAACCCACCUUCCCAUCAUGAAUCAUUCAAAUUUGCUCUCCUCCUCGUCGUCAUCAUCAUCGUCUGUUUAUUCUAGGUUCAAGGGAAGCUUCCCAUCUUGAACUUAUUUCCUUUCAGUUUGCUCCUAAAGCAGAGUUUUGGGUGGUGGACUCUACCAACCUCUCUCAAGUGAUGAAAGGUAUCUAUCUAUUAAUGUCCUGCAAUUUUGCACUUUCGAUUUAUUUUCCAUUAUUACUUAAAUCUAUAGGCAUGCAAUUUUGUAUUUAUUAUUUAUUUUCCAUUAUUGGAUACCUUAUAUAUAUAUAUAUAUAUAUAUUCAUUGAAGGUAUGGUUACAUGGUCA